CUUUCAAGCUGUAAUCAAGCUUGUGGUGAGAAAGAAAGGAUCCUAGUCUUAUGGUAUCCUACAUGGCAUCAUAGUAUUAAUACACAAAACCUCUCUUGUCCAAGUAAUUAUCUGACUCAGCAAGUCUAUCAACACCAACUAAUCUGUUCACCAGCUGGACGGAUGUUCGAGAACAAAUUCAUAGGUGAUGAUCAUCACACCACUGAUCAUGAAGGCGAUGACGAUGAAGCUGUUUCGUGGUUCCUGUCAAGCGACCCAUGCCUGGAUUUCUUAGAGUAUCAUUCAGGUGCAGGAAAGGAUGAUCAGUGUGGAAGUGACAGUAGUGUUGUGCCAUUUGAUCAGUGUGGAGAAGGAAAGGAUGAUCAACAAAUACAAAACCAGAAUGUGUUGUUUGGAAUGGAAUGUGAAAGAAAAUCAUCAAUAAGUCUGAAUCCAAGUCUGUACUCUUGUACAUAUGCAAAGCUAGAUGUUGGUGUUGUACCAGAAUCCUUGAAGAGUGAUGAAAGGUCCCCAAAAGAAUCUGCCGUAAACGACAGAGUAGGGAGGGUGAUGAGAUACAGAGAAAAGAAAAAGAAGAGAAAGUUCGAGAAGACAAUCCGUUAUGCGUCAAGAAAAGCUUAUGCAGAGAGUAGACCUCGGAUCAAAGGCCGGUUUGCAAAGAGAAGAGAUGUUGAAGCAGAGAUGGAACAGAUGUUCACCAAUUCAUUGAUGGCAUUGUUCCAUUAUCCUUCUGAAUCUAUUACCUAAGCUGUACUACCAAUCCAUCCUAUUUUUACUCUUAUUCAUUAUUCAGGCUAUAUAUCUUAGCUUGUUAUUCUCGUCUUGGUUUUGUAUAAAUUAUAUUGUGUAUAAACCAAUCUCUCAAGAGGAAUACUAACUCAUGAUCAUUGAUCAAGUUUGGCGAUGGUAUGUUGCCAUAUAAGUUUGUUUUGUAGUGUGUAUAUUAAAGUGUCACAACGUGAAUUGCUUCAUCAGUUAAUUGGCCUUUUAACUUAGAACAAUGGCUUACAAUGGCUUUUACCAAUUACCAAUGGCCGAUAAAUAAGAAAAUGAACAAAAAAGUGCACAUAAUUUAAUAAGCUUUUUUAAAAUAGAGUAUCAAAAAUCAAAAAACAAUAAAUGUUUGCUUAACUCUAUUAAGUUAUUCUUAAA